UUUCUCUUCAGCUUUCAGCGACCGUCGGCGCCAUAUUGACGAUUAUAACGCUUUCUGUAAAACCGUAAAAAAUACCGUAUUUGCCAAAAUGCUGUACUUGGAGGACUACCUCGAAAUGAUCGAGCAGCUACCCAUGGAUCUCCGCGACAGGUUUACGGAAAUGCGAGAGAUGGACCUGCAAGUGCAGAAUGCGAUGGACCAGCUGGAACAGAGAGUUAAUGAGUUCUUUGCAAACGCUAAGAAGAAUAAACCCGAAUGGAGGGAGGAGCAGAUGGAGGUUAUUAAGAAGGACUAUUAUAAAGCGCUGGAAGAUGCUGAUGAGAAAGUCCAAUUAGCCAAUCAGAUCUAUGAUCUGGUGGAUCGACACUUGAGGAAGUUGGAUCAGGAGCUCGGAAAGUUCAAAAUGGAGCUUGAAGCAGAUAACGCCGGCAUUACAGAGAUCCUGGAGAGACGAUCAUUGGAAAUGGACAGUCCUUCUCAGCCCGUCAAUAACCAUCAUGUUCACUCACACGUCACUGGAGAAAAGAGGAAGUACAGCACGCCAACUCACCACACUACUGAGCAUGUGCCAGAGAAGAAAUUUAAAUCAGAAGCUCUGCUCUCGACACUCACAUCAGACGCCUCCAAAGAGAACACACUGGGCUGCAGAGUGAACAACUCGUCCUCAUCAUCUAACAGCGUGUACAGUGUGAACUCCUCUCAAUCCCUUUCCUCUUACAACCUGAGCUCUUUGCCAAUGGGUCCAGCUGCCGGUGCAGGGGCCAUCAGUAUGGCAGCAGCUCAGGCAGUGCAGGCCACAGCACAGAUGAAGGAAGGCAGGAGGACGUCGAGUAUGAAGGCUUCCUACGAGGCCAUUAAGAACGAUAUCCUGGCUCGGGACUUUGCUUCUAGCAGAGAGUCUUCUGGCUACAUGUCCUCGACUCUGGCCUCCACUCUCACGCAGAACCUCACCACCAGCAACAGCUCCGACUCCCGUGCAGGACGCAAGAGCAAAAACAACAAUAAGUCUUCCAACCACCAGUCCUCGUCAUCCUCGUCGUCUUCUUCCCUGUCGUCCUGUUCCUCCUCCUCGGCUCUGGCUCACGAGCUGGCCCAGCAGACAGCCACGCUACCAGAAAGCGACAGCAGCGGCCAAGUGGACUGGACUUACGACCCGAAUGAGCCCCGCUACUGUAUCUGCAACCAAGUGUCCUAUGGCGAGAUGGUUGGCUGUGAUAACCAGGAUUGUCCUAUUGAGUGGUUCCACUACGGCUGCGUGGGUUUGACCGAGGCACCCAAAGGAAAGUGGUAUUGCCCACAGUGUACAGCAGCCAUGAAGAGGAGAGGAAGCAGGCAUAAAUAGACAUCCGUCACCCCAGAGCUAACCCCAAAAACUCUACCCAAAUCUCUCAACCCAAUCUCACUGCCUGAUUCUACCCCCAUUUCCCUCGUAAAGACUGUACGAGAGAAUUCUUCAAUGUGAUCUCUGGUUUGUGGAAUGUGAAAAUGACCUUUUGAGGAAAGUGUGUGUGUGUGUGUGUGAGAGAGAGAAUGUAAGAUGAGACACGACCUUUAGUUAUUUUUAUCUUCGAUUAAAGUCCUGAUUGGUAGGGCAGGGUUGUUAAUAUGCACCCAACCCUCAGACAUUCCUCAGCCUGCCAUGCGUGAUGGUAGCGGUUAUGACCUCCAGCACAAAUUGGUGCAUCUCAGUCCUGUUAAUCCAUAUUCGCAAAGACAAGACGAACUCCGAAACGUAGUCCGGAAACGUUUUGAUAAAAUACGGACCCCGGAAAUUCCACAGUGCUUCUGAAUGAGAAGAUCCCGGUGUUCUCUGGAAGUGUCUUCAGUACAUCAGCGGUCUUCAAUCCAGAUCCUGGAGUUCCCUCUGCACUGCUGAUUUUAGUGUUUUUCCCUGCUUUAAAAUGCACAUUUUAAACUCCUGCAGGGUUCAGUAAUGAGCUAGCGAGCGGAUUCAGGUCUGCUGGAGCCGAAAAAACACUAAACACCUGUACUGCAGCACUUCAUGACCAGUGAUUUGGGAUACGCUGCAGUAGAUAUAUUGAAUUGUGCUUCGCUUGAGGAUGAAACCACCCAAGAUAUUACACAGGUCAAGGAAUUUGUGUUUAUCUGCAAGAGUGCAUUUAUUUACAUAUUAGUCAGGAUUUCAUUCAGUUGAGUGAAGAGGGGAAGGGGGGAAAAAGAAAAAAAGGGACAAUUUGCACACUUGCAGAUAAACCUAAAAUAUUUUUUGGCUAGGCCUUUAAAGUCAGGUGCUGCCAGGUGUACUAUAGAAAGAAGUGUGUGUGUGUGGUGUAUGAUGUGUACAGAAUUUGUGUGGAUGUGUAGUCUGGCCUGCACUGAACUGGUGAUUCAAAUUUUCCUGAUUGGGGAGGGGGGGAAUAAAACGAUCAAUACUUUUGCUA